CGGGUCGUGGUGUUUGUUUUGGUUUGCGGGGUAUUUUUGUUCCUUUUCCGGUUGUUUGGGCGCGAAAAGACUGAGCCGCGCUUUCUGAGGCCGGGAAUAAACGGCGAUGAGUGGAGAAAGAGGUGAAGCGGCUGACGGAUCCAGAAAGGGAUGAAUUUUGAACCUCACGCGCUUGUGACUAUGUGUCAUUGCAAUUGUAUUGUUUAGAUCAAAAUGCCUGGUAAAGCAAAUGCUUCUAAGAGGAAAUCUCAACAGUUAAAGAGAAAUUCAAAACAAAGAGCUGUUGAAGAAGUGGAUUUUCCAGAGAAUGAGGUUGGAAACACAGCGAAAAGAAACAAAAGUCAUGCAGGGCAUCUGUCCUCUAAAGCAACAGGACAAGCAAAGUCUAUUAACCUAAAGCGGAUAAAAGUAGCGUCCAACAAGAGAAAAACCUGGCAGCCUCUUCCAAAAAAUACUGAAGAAUAUUUGCAAAGUAUGAUGGAAUCAGUAAUUCUAGAAAUUUUAACCAAAAACAUUAAAGGAAAAGAACAAAUUCAGUAUCAUCUCAACUACUUGAAGAAAAGAUUACUGCAACAGUGUAGAACACUGAAAGUCCCUCCUAGAAAGCUGAACUAUUUAACCGAUGUGUCAAAUCUGCUGAAAAUGGAAAGGGCACGGGAAAAAGCUCAUGAAGAGGACCUGGCUUUACUGCAGGAAGAAAUAGAUAAAAUAGUAGAGACCACAGAGUCAAUGACUGAAAGUAUUCAGAGCCUAAAGAACAAAAUUCAGACUCUGACAAAUGAGGUAGAGGAAGAGGAGCAGAAGGUGAAACAGGAAUUUCACCUGGAUAGUAAUAAGGUACUGUCUCUUCCAGAACUUUCUCAGAAAAGUCUUAAAGCACCCACACUUCAAGAAGAAAUUUUGGCAGUAAUUCCAAACCAGAAUGCUCUUCUGAAGGACUUGGAUGUCCUUCAUAAUUCAUCCCCAGUGAAGGACGUGUCAGCGUUCAUUCAAGAAGCCUAUCAGAAACUUGAUGGUUCUUAAGGAGUUGGUUGUGGUUUUUGUUUUUAAGCAUUGUUCCAUAUUAACUUAUUGUUUAUGAAUUGUAAAACCUUCCUUUUUAAGACAGGGUCUCACUUUGUGUGUAUCCUGGGCUGGCCCAGUGUCACCCAUACUGGCCUUGAACUCACAGCAGUCCUACCUCAGCAUGCUGAGUGCUGGGAUUACAUAUGUGAGCGGCACAUCUGGCCCAAAGGUGUACAACUUAACUGUAAUAAGACUAUAAAGCUGAUGUUUUUGCAGAACAAUUACCCCCUGUUAUCCACUUUAAAACUAGCCUUUGUGGCCCUAUCAUUAGUAUCUAAUGUUCUAAAAACAGUUGAUAGCAGUUGCUAAAUCUAGGAAAUCCAUAUAUGCUGUAUCUAUAGUUAUUUGCUAAAACCGUAUACUAUGAAUGAUUUUUGAAAUUAAAAAGGCCGUGUUGUAACAGUUUAUGAAUUCUGAAGGGAACUUACUUAUUGAAAGUAGCUUUGUGGAUAUGAAAAACUUACGUGUAGCACCUAAUCAGGGGAAACAUGAGUGUCUCUCUCUAGCUAAUAGCUUGCAUUUUGGUCUGUCUUCCUGUGGAACUUGAAAAACUCCCAAAUGCCUCCUUAAAUCCCUGGUCUUUGUAGAAUUAUUGCUGGUUUUUUUUUUCCCAGAUGUUUUUAUUUUGAAGGUAAUAACAUUUUGGUCCUUUGGUUGAUUGGUGAAGCUUAGAUGUUGGAUAUUUUCCACUAUCAUCAAAGCAUACUCUAAGAAGAUUUUUUAAAGGAAACCUAAGUAUAUCUAUUCCCCUGAAAAUGAAAACAAGUUAACAAACAGGCAGAAAACAGUUUCGGGAAAAGCCAGUCAGGAGAACUGACUGCUGAAGGUAGAAGCAGAAGGUGAAGGAGGAGGCCACCCAUCCAGGGUUACAGACUGUCAUGUGUGAGACCUGCAGCUGAGAGGAAGACCCAGCACCCUGCAGGAGAAAGAAGGGUUGCUGUGGGAAGCCAGACCUGGGCUUUCGGAGAAGCUGUUAAUGCAUGUCACUCAUGAGGCAGCCUGUGUGUUCGUGCCCACCACAGGUGUUCAUCUCACAUCUCCACAACUGUCCUCUAGAGUAAGAUAUGGGCCAGGCCAGGUGGCAGUUUUGACCAAGACAACAUUAGUUAUGUCAAGCUGUAUCCCAUCAAAGUGUUUUUGCAUAAACCUUGCCUCAUGACGAGUUUAUGUACGUAAAGAAAUAAUUCCAUACGCAGGUCAGAAAUCAUCUCUAAGCAGCAGUACUAUAUUGGCUUGGAUUUUUUUUAAUCUACUUAUAACUGCAAUUGAAUUUUUAGUAAGAAAAAUUUCUAAUAAAGAAUAUUUUGUUGAUUUAUUAAGGAAAUGCCAAAAUACUAAUUUCCCCCAAGCAGAGCUCCCCAGAAUUCACCUACAGUUAAGUAUGUUGAUAUUGAUGCCUAUUAUAGAGGGAAAUAAUCAUGUCUUAGGAGUCCUGGAGCUACUCGAUUCCAAAGAAUCAGAAGCAGGCUCUUCUUAGGAAGUAAUGGUCAGGAAGACUUCAGGAAAGGACCAGAUUCCACAGAAUGCCUUUAAACCCUCCACUCAGCAAUGGAUGGCUUCAAGCUUCUAUACUAAUCGAACCUUAAGUUAUCAUUGUUUACCUAGAGUGUUUACACCAGCAUGCUGUUUUCCUCAGGAUAUCUGCUUGAGAGAUUUUAGUAGGAUAUUUUAAGGUGUGUUACUUUCAAAAUAUUAUUGGUUGGUCUUUGCUCUUUUUUGAGGGGCCCGUCACCCAGCUCCCAAAUAAAUCACACACACAGAAGCUUGUUCUUAAUUGUGAAUGCCUGACCUUAGCUUGGCUUAGUUUCUAGCCAGCUUUCCUUAUCUUAAAUUAUCCUGUCUACCUUUUACCUCUGGCCUUUUCCCAUUCUCUAACUUCUGUAAAUCUUAUUCUUACGCCAUAGCUUGCAAUGUAGCUGGGUGGCUGGCACCUGGAGUCCUCAUGUUUCUCUGGCUCCUAGAUCUUAGAGCUCUUAUUGGUGAAAUUAUUAAGGCCACUCCAUGUAGUUAAAAGGAGAUUUAUUUAAUGGCGUAACUUACAAAUUAAGGAAUAGGUAGGUCGCGGAGUCUGGGGAAGGUGUAUCACAGUCCAGCGGUGUUCUCUGGAGCUCUGCUCAGUCCACCUCUCCAGUCCAGGGUCCCGCAACAGAGAGAGCGCCCGCCGAUCCCGAUCUCGGGUCCCCCCGGCGCCUCCCUUGGCCCCGCCUUGUAGGCGUGACAGUUGCCGAAGUCUCAAUGGGGGUUGGAACUUCCAGAUCAAAGCUGGAAUGGCUACCCACUACAUCUCCCCCUUUUUGUCUAAAUAAGAAAGUUCUAACCUAAUACAAGACUAUAUACAAAGGAAUGGUUAUCAAAUAUUGUCCAGGAAUAACGAGGGAUAAUGACCUAGAUAAGAUGGAAGUACAACCAAUGCAAACAAUAUCAAGCAAGAAACACAUACUAAAGUCCAGAGAAGUAUAGAGCAUAGGUAAAUGGCAUGUUACAAAGAUCCUUCCAAAAGGUGUCCUAUCCUAAAGAACCUGAAUCUAAUACUUAAUAUGUUCUAUCUACUAAGUUGUAACUAUAACUGCUAGUCUUCAAUCCCAUCAAAGACCUGAGAAGGAAUAUAAUGGUACCUGAGAAAUGGUACAUGGAUGCAAACAACUUUCGGGAAUCUUGCGAGAGUAGACGGAGACAGCUGGCAGCCUGGACAGUCACCUAAUGUUUCUCAGCAUUGUUGGUGCAUUCAAAUUGGCUACAGGCCUAAAGUAUCUGACAAAUGGCGUCCAAUGUGGUGGCAAGAGUUUCCACCUAAAACCUGAGAAAAAAGAUUCUAAAACAGAGCUAAAAACAGCUUCCUAAUUGUCUCUCUCAAAUGAGCGGCAGCUGCCGGUUUGAGCUACUGGCGGGUUGCUGGCGUGCGCGCUCGACCUGCAGUAUGGCGGGAAUGAGGCCUCUGCAAGUGGCACAUUAAGCUACAUUGUGGAUUUAGCCUUUGCUAGUACAAAACAAAAAAAGAGGUUUCUGGGCUACACGCUGCUUGGAUAAAAGCAUAGACCCACGAUAGCUCCCAGAGCUGGUGGUAAACCACCGCCAUGCUGGGAAGCUGCAGUGGGCGGAGCCAGCAGCCACAACUGCUGCAGCUUAAAGCAAUAGAUUCACAAUAAGACAGAUUCAGAUGUAAUAGUUUAAAAUGUUUAAAAGAGACAAAAAAAGGUGAUAUAUACAGUAUAGAAACAAAUACAUGGUUUUAAAAAAUAAAGUCUUUAAAGAGACAGUAAAAUUAAUAUAAAAAAUAAGCCACGUAGAGAUGACUAUUACACAGAGAGUCUGGAUUGUGUUGUCUUUGGGAUUCUUAACUACAGAGAGAUGUUUGAUUGUAAAGGAAGCUGAGUUAAACCAGUACGUAUAUUUUAAAGAUACUUUGACUUCAAAAUUUGGAUGUAAGGAUAUGUUGCUUUGGAAAAGAGUCUCUUUUGUUUCCACAGAAAGCAAGAGGCUAUGGAUUUGUUCCAGAGUAAGAUACAUCAGGUUUGACCAGCCAAGACCCCCUGAAAGGUCUCCGAUGACACCAUGGCCCAGAUGAUCCAACAUCCAGAACCGUUUCAAGACAACUGGCUCAGAUGAUACAGCCUCACGGACUACUCCAUGAUCCUAAAAUUUUCUUUGUUUCCCCAGAAGACACAGCGCCCCCCUCCAGCAGGAAGUAGUAAGAGAAGCUACGCCCAAAUUCCCAAAUAUACCAAGCUGACUUUGGAGAUGUGUAAAGGUUAAAACCUUCCUUUUUAAGAAAAGAAAAGGGGAGGUGCUGUGGGAUGGUCUGUAUGUCAAAUGUGUUGCUGAUUGGUCAAUGAAUAAAUCACUGAUUGGCAGUGGCCAGGCAGGAAGUAUAGGCGGGACUAACAGAGAGGAAAAUUGAGAGAACAGGAAGCUGGAGAGAGAGACACUGCCAGCCACCAUCAGGAUAAGGAAGAUGUAAAGUACCGGUCAGCCACAAGCCACGUGGCAAGGUAUAGAUUAAUGGAAAUGGAUUAAUUUAAGCUGUAAGAACAGUUAGCAAGAAGCCUGCCACGGCCAUACAGUUUGAAACCAAUAUAAGUCUCUGUGUUUACUUGAUCGGGUUUGAGCGGCUUGGGACUGGCGGGUGAGAGAGAUUUGUCCUGACUGUGGGCCAGGCAGGAAAACUCUAGCAACAAGCUCUCUUCCCAGAUUUCUACCUCUCUAUAUUAUCUCUGCCUGCCAGCCCUGCCUAACCUUUCUCCUGCCUUGCUAUUGCCCAGUUCUUUAUUAGACCAUCAGGUGUUUUACCCAGGCACAGUAACACAGCUUCACAGAGUUAAACGCAACAUAAACAAAAGCAACACACCUUCAAAUAUUCUACUACAAGACAUGAUUUCAAGUCAACUAGAAUUUUAGUCUAACAGUACUGCUGAGUGAGAGGCACCUCAUUGCCAAGGAUGAACUGGUCAUGCUGCCCUCCUAGCUUUGGAACUAUAUAGCCUUUAACUUAUAUCUGUGCUACUGUCUGAGACCUAACAGGCAAUCAGAACCAUAGUUUUUCUUGAAAUGCUUUAUUUUAACAUACUUCUGGUGAAUGUUUUCAGAUAAAUACAUGCCUAAUAUUCUUUAAGGCCAAAUAAAUGCUAAAUAAAUAAGGUAUGAAUGGACAGCAGGUGUCAGUAUAGCAAUAGCCCGUGUCCUAGCAAGCAAAGAUAAAGCUGUAAUGAUACUACAUUGUAGAUAACUACAUGAAGCUCUGAUGGUUUUUAAAAAGAUUUAAGAGCCAAGCCACAUAGGAGUACAGACUAGAGUCCUACAGACUAGAGAAUUCAACAUAUAUGAAACUAAGUCUUUAUAUAGAGAGAACCACAAAAUGGGUAUAAGUUAAAUGCCAAGAGAAAAUGGAUUAAUUCCUAAGGGAAAAGUUUUAAAGGCAAGCAAUGUUUAAAGAUACUCAACCUUAAAACCCAAAAUAGGUGCGUUCACCAAUUAGUUUGGGGAAUGUUUAUUUAUUUUGAACUCAAAAUGAAAACUGUUGAAUUAAACUAACAGGUAAAUAAGUUGCGUAAACUGCCAUACAACAGUAACUUGGUAUAACUGUUUUGGGAAAACACUAUACAGGUAAAUUAUAGCCUCCAUGUCAUGUCAGUCAUUCAAAAUUCUUUAUGUGAGCCUCUCCAUUCCUUCCCAACUCUGUUGGGCAUUUCUUCAACAAUUAGGCUCUGUUUAAUGUGAAACACCUGCAGUAGAACCUACGAUUAAAGGAUUUACUUUA